AUGAGCGUGCGCGGAGCGGGCGGGCAGCGCUGCCAGCUGAUCCUGCAGCGCUGCCUCGCCAUACAACUAGCCAAGCCGGGCAACGCGCCGGACGACUUCUGGAUGUACGACUCCGGAUAUCUGCUCUUUCAGAGCUUCCUCGCGGCGAACGCAAAAUGCUGGUGGGCUGGAGCCCUAGCAGCGGCCACCGCAGAGCUCCGGUAUGCAGGGUAUGUGGCCCCCGGGGUGCUGCUAGUUGCUGGGGCCCCCCGAGCACUAGAGACCGUCCGGGGGGCAUAUUCCCGGUCCGUGCUGAAACCCCCACCCACUUACCUUAUUUGCGGCUUGGGUGAUAUCGAAGACUGCAUUGUAACGCCGGCUUACCAAGGCCAGUUCACUCCUUUACCUGAAGCAUUGUGUGAUUGUAUAAUGGACCUUACCUCGCAGGGGCAGUCAGCAACCUUGGAGAGCAUAAGGACAUCCCUGUCUUCCAAGUUCCCGUCCAUGCAGACUCCGUCCCAAGAAGUGGUUUACGAUACUCUGGCGCAGCUGAUGCAGGAGAGGAAGAUCUACCAGACGUCCAGGGGGUUUUUCAUAGUCACACCAGAACGCCGUCGUUCACGAUCUCGUUCUUCUUCCCGGCAUCACUCGACAGAGGACGACUGCAGUUCCCCUAGGACGAUUCUCAUGUCGGACCAGGAAGCUCUGCAUCAGUUGUAUGGAGAAAUCACCACGGUGCGAGAUGGUGCAGUCACGCACCAAUGUGUCCAAACCAAUUUGGCUGAUGUCAUCUGUGGAGGAAACCCAAACGACAAGAUCCUCUACGGCCGCCCGAACAAGCGUCGUAGCGCGUCCUUCCCCGCCCCCCGCUCCCUGGAUCGGCGUCACUCCCUCCGGAUAUUUGGUUCGUCGAGCAAAUACUUGCAGCGAUGCGCAUCUACCCGCAGCCUCCACCACAAACACGCGAACACGACAGACAGCUCAUCUUCCACCGACUAUCCUCCUAGCGUAGAAUCUGCGUCGCCUAAGAAAGUGUCGUUGCUCUCCCGCUUAUUUAGACGAAGCGGCCGCAGCAAGCAGACGCGAGCGAUGAGCACGUUCUCUGCACAGUUCCCGCCCACGGAGUGGUUCAACUCCAAAGCGGUGCAUCUGCAUUGCGUAGCCACACAGACAGACUCUAAGGAGUCACUGCAGAGUCAAACAUCGUACAUGUCAUCGUACUACGACGGUUCGGAAAUAAGCAAUCGGUCUUCGACACUCCCUAGGAGACACAAACGACACCUCUCCACCGAGUCGGGCUUGGCGGGGUCAAUGCAGUACGACCAUUCGCCCAUACGACAGUCCAGCCCGAGCUCCGGUAGUCUGCCCAGGUCGACACUUAGCAGGAGCUCUACAAACAAAACCAUCUUGGACCAUUUCGGGUCACCACAGCGGAGCGAUCCGAAACUAAGGGACAGUCCCAGCGGGAGUUUAAGAAGGGUGGACUAUUCGGAUAACGUUAUGUCCACUAGCGGUCCUUCCAGCUUGGAGAGCACGACCACACAUCGGACUCCGAGAAAAGACAGAAACGCACACUCCGACCAGACUUCGCCGAUGAAGAGGAGCUACCAUACCAGCGGUAGUAGCGGUCACUCGAGUCUGGAAUCGCACAUAUCCGAUCGAACCUUAAAACCUUCGCCUAGUCAUACCAAUGGAGCGCCGGGACUUAGCAGAGCACAAUCGCUAGUGAAAGUACAAAGCUUACAAAGCUCUCCGAAGAGCCUCCACAAAUAUAGAACGAAGCCCCCCAUCGUCGGUGGCGAAGUAAAAAACGGAAAAAGCACAUCUCCAAAGGCAUCGCCGAAGAACUGCCCUGGUACACCGAAAAAAACUGCAACUCCACUGCAUAAUAAGGGCCUUGGAUCGAAACUAGAAAAUCCAACGACGGCGAUGCUGGCCAGUUCGAAUUCUAACAACUCGAUUACGCUUAAAGUCACAACGAAUACGAUACACCAAAAUGGCGGAACUAACACCAAAGUUUACGUUCAGAAUUCCCCCGUGCGGUCCGUUAUAACGUUUGAAAACGGUAAAGUUACUGAAACAAGUAACGGGAGUAAUAUUUACAUUAUCAACGACGACAGACAAGUGGUGUCCGUAUCGCAGAAUGGUGUUUCAAAUGCAACACCAAAGAACCCAAAGGAAACAUCCUUCGAUGUUUCCGUUGAGAACAAUAAACAGUACAAAGACGCAGACGCAAUAAAAGUACAAGAGAAUAAAUUUAACAAAAACUCCAUGAACGAAGCGAACAUGAAUAACAACAGGAAACUGUCUUUGCAGAUCGGUGGCGGUAACAAUAACAGUUUUGUAUAUAAGAAUCAGUUGAAUAAUUCCAAUGACAUAGCUUCAAAUCCUUCUUCACCGGCCAUACAUAAUAACAUUCAUAACGUAGAAGCGACGCCUAACAGCAAUCCUUCUACACCUACAAAGAGUUACGACAACAUUAUUGGCUCUUUAGGCAGUUUGAGGUACCAAAAAAACUCUUUUACAUCAGCUAACACUGGCAUGCAAACUAAUAUAAACUCGAAUAGCGAACUCAAAAGUGUUGAUCUGUUGAAAAAAGCUGCCGCUUUACAAAUGCUGAAUGGCCUUCCAAACAACAGAAUGAGUUCUGAAUCAAUCGCGAAUCUACUAACGAAAGGAAUCGAUCCGAAACCGACCGUUCUCGGUUCGGAACCAAAUCUCGCUUUGAACGAAUCGAAAGACAACACGUCAUCAGAGAAGAUUCACUGUAUAGAGAACAAGCAGAAGAGAUACAGCUUGAGCCAAGAUGGAAAGAAAGAGAACCAGGAUUUCUACAAUUUCCCAAGCUUAAGCGAUUUGAGCUUUAACUUCACUAGUUUAGCCGCACAGAAGAUAUUGAAGGGUGUCAGUAUAAAUAGUGUUGAUACUUUAGUCGAACUUAAUAUGGCCGCAAAUACGGACAAACCGAAUAACCGUGACGUCACGCCCGUGUGCACCGAUUUUGGCCUUGUAUAG